CCAACCAUUAUCCAAAUGAACCAAACAAUUUAUUACGAUUUUAUUUGAUUUCGAAUAGAUCGAAAAAGUAAUCGUGACUCUUUGGUUAGUCCAAUGGUGUUAUAUGAAAUGAUUUAUCUGAAUAUUUGUCUAUUAAUGUAUAGAAGUUUGAUUCAAUUGAUCAACAGGAAUUAAUCUCAUUAAGUAUAUUGUGAUUUGUUGAUUUGAUAAAAUAAAAGAAAACUCAACCGAAAGAAAAAGAAAGUGCUCUUCAAAUUAAGUUAUCAAUUGUUAUUAACUGUUAAUCAGUGUGAUUUAAUUAUGGUUCUUGAACAUUAUUGUGGUUAUGAUGCUUGGGACUUACAAUCAAUUUGGCAUUCAGAAGCGCUUAGUAUUCCACCUUGUUUGAUUGAUACUAGUUUACUAUGGACAAUCUCGGGUUUCCUUUGGACACUAUUUCCGUUCGCGGUUCAAUCAGUUUUAAACUCAUCUCGAAGUAAAAGGAAAAAGUUACCAUGGACUUUUCUCCUUACGGCCAAAUUAAUCAUUGGAUUAUGUCUAAUCGUGCUGGUUGGAAUUCAGUUUAUCAUCAUCAUAAUCGAUUUUAAACAUGGUACAAACAUUCACCCUGUCGAUUAUUAUUCACCGUUAAUCAAAUUGAUGACCUACACUUUGGCAGUAGGUUUGUCUCUUUGGUAUCGAUUCAAUGGUGUUCAUACGUCGGCAUUAUUAUUCAUUUACUGGUUUUUUAUGUUCAUCUAUGAAUCAAUCAACUAUUUAUCUCUAAUCCAAACUUCGAAAGAUCCAAAUUAUUAUGAGUGGUCAUUCAGUUUAUCCGAUAAAAUCGCCAAGACUUUUCAUCUUGUUGGAUCAAUUUGUAUGCUGUUAUUACAGUGUUUUCCAGAUUCGAGGAUUCCAAGUUCACUGAUUAAAGAAAACGAAUGUCCAUAUGAAAGAGCUUCGUUUAUCAGUAGAAUACUCUUCUUUUGGUUCGAUUCAAUGGCAUUAAAAGGUUUCCGUAAAUCGCUUGACCAAUCUGAUAUGUGGAAACUGGCGGAAGACAAUCAAUCGAUCACAAUCAGGAAACGUUUCGACAAUUAUAUACGUUCAUCAUCUUCUCCAUCGAAUCAUAUUAAUCUUCUUGGUGUAUUAAUUAGAAAUUUUUGGCUUCCAUUACUUUUAAGUGCCAUUUGUAAGCUAAUUUCAAGUUUACUUGUGUUCGCAAGUCCCCAGCUAAUGGAUCAACUCUUGACCUUCAUCAUUUCCAAUCAACCAAAUUGGAGAGGUUACAUUAUUGCUCUGAGUAUUUUCACUGCUUCAAUUGCUUCGACAAUAUUUGAGUCCCAAUAUGAAUUCUGGACCAAUAUCACUGCAAUGAGAAUCAGAUCAGCGUUAAUCACAGCAAUUUAUCGAAAGAGCUUACGAUUAUCAAGUUUAGGUCGCCGAGACUUCACCACCGGUGAGAUUGUCAAUCUAAUGUCGGUCGACACUCAGCGUAUCAUUGAAUAUGUCAACGUAUUCAAUUACGCUUGGACAGCACCGAUUCAAUUUGCUUUAACCAUUUACCUUUUAUGGCGUCAAUUGGGUGUAUCAUCCAUCGCUGGACUAGUUUUAAUGGCGGUUGUAAUGCCUUUGAAUGGAUUUGUAUUCACUCAAUAUCAAAAACUUCAAACUCGCCUUAUGAAAGAGAAAGACUCACGUUCCAAAUUACUUUCUGAUAUUCUCAACGGAAUGAAAGUUCUUAAACUUUAUGCAUGGGAAUCGGCUUUUGGUGAUAUUGUCUCUUCGAUAAGAAAAAACGAAAUCAAGGCUCUGAAGUCUCAAGCCCUUUGGGCAGCUUGGUUUAUAUUUACCUUUACAUGUGCACCAUUCUUUAUAACGGCUACGAACUUUGUGACUUAUGUCUUGAUAGACAGAAAACAUGUUCUUGAUGCAAACAAAGCAUUCGUAUCGAUUUCACUGAUCAGUAUUCUUGGCGGACCUUUGGGCUUUUUACCGAUUGUUAUUUCUCAUGGUACAAGUUUUUACGUUUCCAUCAAAAGAAUCAACAAAUACCUUGAUGGAGAUGAGCUCGUGAACGAUUCAAUUGACCAUAAACCUGAUUCAAUUACACCGAUAGUAGUUCGAGAUGCAACUUUUUCCUGGUCUCCUGAAGAAGAAGCGACAUUGAAAGAUAUCAACAUAAAAGUAGAAAAACAAAAGUUGGUCGCUGUUGUUGGAACUGUUGGUUCUGGUAAAUCGUCUCUUUUAUCUGCACUUUUAGGAGAUUUACACAAGAAACAGGGUUAUGUUAAUGUGUACGGAAAAGUGGCCUAUGUGCCUCAAAGUGCGUGGAUUUUAAAUGCUACAGUUCGGGAGAAUAUAUUAUUUGGCUCGAGUUUUAACCAAAGUAAAUAUGAUAAUGUAAUCGAUUCAUGUGCUCUCACUCCCGAUUUAAAGAUGCUAACUGGAGGCGAUGCCACUGAAAUUGGUGAGAAGGGAAUCAAUUUAUCGGGUGGACAAAAGCAAAGAAUAAGCCUUGCAAGAGCUGUUUAUGCAAAUUCCGACAUUUACUUUUUCGAUGAUCCUUUAUCAGCGGUUGAUUCUCAUGUAGCCAAACAUUUAUUUGAAAAAGUCAUUGGUCCUCAAGGCUUAUUGAAGGGUAAAACUCGACUUUUAGUGACACACAGAAUAACAUUUUUACCACAGGCUGACCAAAUAAUCGUUAUGAAAGAUGGUCAAGUCAGAGAGUCGGGCACUUUUGCUGAGCUGAUGGGAAGACAGGGCGAAUUCAAUGAUUUCAUCUGUCAUUAUUUAGCUGAACAGAAAGAUGAGUUAGAUCCGGAAGAUCGAGAGUUUAUCCAAGUACUGGAUCCUGAAGUCGAGAAAAAAGUUCUAAGCCGAUCUGAAUCUACAGUGUCUAAUGGCAAAAUUUCCGAGAUACGGAAACGUUCAAGUAUUAUAACUGAUGAAACGAAUAAGAAACGAUCAGGAAAGAAAAAAAAUUCCGAGAACAUUGAGUCCAAGUUCAAACUUGUCGAAACAGAAACGGCUGAAAAAGGUUCAGUUGAAUGGAAAGUUUAUUUGGAAUAUUUCACCGCCAUUGGUAUUGUCCCGUGUGUUGUUUUAUUGGCACUUUACUGCCUUGGAAGUGGAUUAAAUUUAAGGUCAAGCUUUUGGCUAACCGAUUGGUCAGAUGAUUCUCUUGACCCAACAACGUAUAAUAAUACGAGACUUAGAAACAAACGACUCUGGGUUUACACAACUUUGGGAAUCUCUGAAUCUCUAAUUGUUUUCAUAAUUUCGGCCACAAUAAAUGUUGCCACAGUGAACGGAGCCCGUUUGAUACACGAAAAGAUGCUGGCAAGACUUGUUCGUGCACCGAUGUCGUUUUUUGAUACAACACCUAUUGGUAGGAUUCUGAAUCGUUUUACUGCCGACAUGAACACUGCCGAUACUCUGAUGGGUUUCUCAUUCAGUUUUCUCAUCUCUCAAAUUUUCCGAGCAAUCGUCGCCGUUAUCAUUAUCUGUUUACAAACAUCAUAUUUGAUUAUUGUUAUAUUGGUAGUUGGAAUUGUCUAUGUUAUGGUUCAGAAAUUUUAUAUCGCUAGUUCGCGACAACUGAGGCGAAUUGAAUCAAUUACAAGGUCACCCAUUUAUUCACAUUUCUCUGAAACAGUAGCCGGUUCAACUUCGAUCAAAACUUAUGGGGCAGUUGAUCGGUUUACCAAUAGAAUCUAUCAUUUGGUUGACACAAAUCAUGCUUCGUAUUUUGCAAACCUUACUGCUGAUCGUUGGCUAGCAAUUCGUCUUGAAUUUCUGGGCAAUAUGAUUGUAACACUGGCGACAGUUUUUGCUGUGUUGACUAAGGGAGACGUGAGUCCUGGUAAAACGGGCCUCGCAAUAACUUAUGCACUACAAAUAACAAUGAUUCUUAGCUUUUUAGUUCGCAGUGUGUCCGAUGUUGAAACUAACAUUGUUUGCAUUGAGAGAUGUCUCGAAUACACUAGAGUCGAUACCGAGGCCCCUUGGAUUAAUCCAUUAUAUCACCCGACAAAGGAUUGGCCUAAAGAAGGAAAAAUAACAUUCAACAAAUAUUCAACAAGAUAUCGACCUGGUCUUGAGCUUGUUCUAAAAGAUAUCGUUUGUACAAUCAGUCCAAACGAAAAGGUCGGGAUUGUUGGACGAACGGGAGCAGGUAAAUCAUCACUUACUUUGGCCUUGUUUCGGCUAAUUGAACCUGCCAGUGGAACCAUAGUCAUAGAUGGUAAAGACUUGACUAAACUUGGACUUCAUGACCUUCGAUCACGAUUAACUGUAAUCCCACAAGAUCCAGUUCUAUUUACUGGCUCAUUAAGAAGAAAUUUGGAUCCGUUCGAUCACAAAACUGACCAAGAAAUUUUUUCCGCUCUUGAACAAGCUCAUUUGAAAGAGUUUGUUGAUAGUCUAGAUUCUGGUUUAAGUUACGAAAUUACUGAGGGAGGUGAAAACCUUUCCUUAGGCCAAAGACAAUUAGUUUGUUUAACUCGAGCUUUACUACGUAAGUCGAAAGUUCUUAUAUUGGAUGAGGCAACGGCCGCAGUUGAUGUUGAAACCGAUGAACUGAUCCAAGAAACAAUAAGAAAAGAGUUUGCAAACUGUACAAUAGUAACAAUUGCACAUCGACUAAAUACAAUCAUGGAUUAUGAUAAAAUCAUUGUCAUGGAUAAAGGACAAAUUGUUGAACAUGAUUCUCCUAAUGCACUGAUUUCAGAUCAAGAAUCGCUCUUUCAUUCAAUGGCAAAAGACGCAAAGAUAAUAUAAAAAUUUGAGUCACAAUCUAAAAUUGUAAGAUUAAAAUUCAAUGGUACUUAUACCGUUGAAAUAUCAUGUACAUGAUAUCCUCUGAUUAUGAUAAACUUGUCAUCUACUAGUCUAAGAUUGAGUUAUUUUGACAUAGUUGAGUGUCAAAGACAUUCAGCAAUCAUCUUUAUCGUAAUCAUUAACAUCACUUGAUAGUUACAAUUAAACCAAAACAACAAAGAAAACAAA